CGUCCUGGGGAGCCGCCGCCGCCGCCGCAGUGUUAGGGUGAAGAAUUCCGAGUCUCUGUGCCAGCCGCGGUAACAAUGAAGCAGAGUUCCAACGUGCCGGCUUUCCUCAGCAAGCUGUGGACGCUGGUGGAGGAGACGCACACCAACGAGUUCAUCACCUGGAGCCAGAAUGGGCAAAGUUUUCUGGUCCUAGAUGAACAAAGAUUUGCAAAAGAAAUUCUUCCCAAAUACUUCAAGCAUAAUAACAUGGCUAGCUUUGUGAGACAACUGAAUAUGUAUGGCUUCCGUAAAGUUGUACAUAUUGACUCUGGAAUAAUAAAGCAGGAAAGAGAUGGCCCUGUUGAGUUCCAGCAUCCUUACUUCAAACAAGGCCAGGAUGACUUGUUGGAGAACAUUAAAAGGAAGGUUUCAUCUUCAAAACCAGAAGAAAAUAAAAUUCGCCAGGAAGAUUUAACAAAAAUUAUAACUAGUGCUCAGAAGGUUCAAAUAAAACAAGAAACGAUUGAGUCCAGGCUUUCAGAACUGAAAAGUGAGAAUGAGUCCCUGUGGAAGGAGGUAUCAGAACUAAGAGCAAAGCAUGCACAGCAGCAGCAGGUGAUUCGGAAGAUUGUCCAGUUUAUUGUUACAUUGGUUCAGAAUAACCAACUUGUGAGUUUAAAGCGAAAAAGGCCUCUACUUCUAAACACUAAUGGAGCCCAAAAGAAGAAUCUAUUUCAGCACAUAGUCAAAGAACCAACUGAUAAUCACCAUCAUAAAGUUCCACACAGCAGAACUGAAGGUUUAAAGCCAAGAGAGAGGAUUUCAGAUGACAUCAUUAUUUAUGAUGUUACUGAUGAUAACACGGAUGAAGAGAAUGUCCCAGUUAUUCCUGAAAUAAAUGAGGAAGUUAUAUCUGAUCCUUCCAACCAGUACCCUGAUAUUGUAAUUGUUGAAGAUGACAAUGAAGAUGAGUAUGCACCUGUCAUUCAGAGUGGGGAUCCGAGUGAACCAGCCAGAGAAUCGUUAAGUUCUGGCAGUGGUGGCCCCAGCCCUCUUAUGUCUAGUGCGCUCCAGCUAAAUGGCUCAUCCAGCCUGACUACAGAAGAUCCUGUGACCAUGAUGGAUUCCAUUCUAAAUGAUAACAUUAACCUUUUGGGAAAGGUUGAGCUGCUGGAUUAUCUUGACAGUAUUGAUUGCAGUUUAGAGGACUUCCAGGCUAUGCUGUCAGGAAGACAGUUUAGCAUAGAUCCAGAUCUUCUGGUUGAUCUUUUCACUAGUUCUGUGCAGAUGAAUCCCACAGAUUACAUCAAUAAUACAAAAACUGAGAAUAAAGGAUUAGAAGCUACCAGGAGCAGUGCAGUUCAGCCAUCUUCAGAAGAGGGAAGAAAAUCCAAGUGCAAACCAGACAAGCAACUUAUCCAGUACACUGCCUUCCCGCUCCUUGCAUUCCUUGAUGGGAACCCUGCUGCUGCUGCUACUACUACUACUGCUACUGAGCAGGGGAGCACAAUAGCAUCAUCAGAAGUGAUGUCUUCUGUAGAGAAGCCCAUAGAAGUUGAUGAGCUUCUGGAGAGCAACCUGGACCCAGAGCCAACCCAGAGUAAGCUUGUUCGCCUGGAACCGUUGACCGAGGCCGAGGCUAGUGAAGCUACCCUGUUCUAUUUAUGUGAACUUGCUCCUGCACCUCUGGAUAGUGAUAUGCCACUGUUAGAUAGUUAAAUCCCCAGGAAGUGGAUUCUACGUGUAUAUAUUCAUCAAAAUGAUGAACUAUUUAUUUUAAAGUAUCAUUUGGUACUUUUUUUUUUUGUAAAAUUACUUUGUUUUGUUUAAUUAGAUACUGUGGAAUAAAAGCACCUUUGGCUUUUCUCACUAACUACACUCGUGCAAAGCUUUCUGAUGUUACUCUGCUGCCUCAAUGUAUAUUAUUGGCAUAUCUCCAAGUUGGAUUUAAAUUGCCAGUUUUCUCCAGCUGUAGUAAGUUGGAUUUCUUUUUUCCAAAUAUGACUUUUAAUCCCAGUUAUACUUGUUUUACUUGUUUGACACUAUUUGCAUUGGAGUGUAAGUAACUAGAACACCUAAAGCUUUCUCUAGUCUAGUUACUUUUAUUAAGUGUUUUUCACUUGACUUAUUUUUAAAACUGGGAACAUAAAGUGCCUGUAUCUUGUAAUACUUUGUAUGUCUUUCUUGGUUCAGAGAAAUUCUUUUAUGUUCAAAGAAGUUUUAUUAUGUUCAACAGAAAAGGCAAAGUAUGCAUCACUGUCUGACACAGUUCCAGCUCCAUGUACAUAGAAGAGUGUGGAACAGGUUAAAGUUACCCUCAUCCUCUUAGACUAGUUUUGAGUAAAAGUUUUCUGGUUUGUUUGUGUUCUUAUGAACAUGCUAUUUAGUAAAAUAAAUAUAAUGUAUGUUGACUACUAUUAUUUGUUAUGUGUCCUUUUUGUGGGAGAUGCCCACACGAAGUAGUUUUUCCUUCUCAUUAAAAGAUGAUUCUAAGCUA